AUGUUUGACAUUAAGAGGUCAGAGAUGUCUGAGAUUAUUUAUGAUAAUGUGAUCACAUCUGAGACUCUGGAAAUGGACAGAGGAGAGAGAGAGGAGAUGAUGGUGGACAUCUAUGAAAGUGCAGAUGCUGUAAGAAAUGAUGAAGUGAUGAUAAACACAGAGAUGAUGAGUACAGAGAGACAGCAAGAGCUUCAACAUACAGGAAGAGUCUCAGUGAAGAACAGAAGACACAGAUCAGUUCAAGUGUGUUUGUGUUUACUGUCUGUUAUUCUGUUCACUGCUGUAAUAGUCAUCUGUGUCUAUUUCACAAACCAACUACUAACACACAACUAUCACUUGACUGAAGAAAGAGAAGAGUUACUAACACAUAACUAUAACUUGACUAAGGAAAAUGAAACAUACAGCAGCUUAUUACUAAACCAGAGCAGAAUCUUGACUGAAGAAAGAGAAAAAAUCAGAAACAACAGUGAUGAACUCCAAGAUGCCUUACAAGAUCAGUGCUCUGAUAACUUAACAUGGAUUUACUACAACUUUAGCUGUUAUAACAUUUCAUCUGAGAGGAGAAACUGGAGUGACAGCAGACGAGACUGUGAAGAGAGAGGAGCAAAUCUGGUGAUUUUAAACAACAAAGAGGAACAAGAGUUUGUGCAGAAGGCUACAGCUGGUUAUUAUCAUUGGAUUGGUCUGAGUAAAGAGGGAGAAGUGUGGAAAUGGGUUGAUGGCACCACAUUGACAUUAAGUUUCUGGAUGAAUGGAUACACCGGAUCUUACAAUCAUAGCUGUGCUGCAAUAGCUACACUAGGGUGGGCAAAUCAUACAUGUCAUAGGACACACAGAUGGAUCUGUGAGAAGAGAAUUUUACAGUGAAAUAAACUCAUGAAGUAAUACACCAGCACCAGUUUUAGUAAUUUUGUUUACUUAUUUAAUGUUUGUUGUUAUCCAGUAAAUGAUUGUAUAGAAUUAUUCUGUAAAGUCAAAUUUAUAUGUUUAUAUCAGGGGUGUUUCCUCUGAGGAGGCAAGGGAGGCAGUGCCACCUCAAAAAAGUGAAUGGGAAAAUGAUCAACUGUUCUGAAAUAAAAGUAAAGGAAUAAAGCAUGAUGUGAAAUCAAUUAAACUAAAUCUGCAAAACAGCGACACCCCCGGUAGAGUUCAGCAUCUCUUUUGCCUCCCCUGAGCCCAUAGAAGUGUGGAUGUCAUAUCAAUCAUUCUGUUUAUUUUGGCAGGCAGGGAGCGAAUAUGACAU